UCAUCACUCUUUCACUCUCCUCUUUACAGCUUCACUCCUGCUGCCAGACUCCCCAGUAACAACUUCGGAACCGACCUCCUUUGUUAAAAAGUGUUACUGCUGCAUCUCUCUCUCUCUCUCUCUCUCUCUCUCUCGCUCUCUCUCUCUACAGCCCUCUCUCACUCACUCACUGUCUCUCUCUCUCUCUCUCUCUCUCCCCAUUUCAUCUUCUUCUUCGAUCAUUUGCAUAGAGGAUGUGACAGGGUUUUUCUCUUCGCUGUUGCCAGUUCCCCUGAAAAGACGAAAUCAACAAAACCUAAAAGGGAAGGAGAGGCAAAGUCGUGACAUUGGCGAGAGCAGCAGUGGACGGGGUUCACGUUGUGACACUCUGCCACAAUGUGUCACUGGGUUCUGUCACGCUCUCAGCGGUCCCGGGCCGGUCACCGGAAGGCCAUGUGACCCAGAGGAGGACCGAGUGGCUCAACUAGCCAGCAUGACCCAGCAGCACCGGUUACUGGGGACCAUUCAUGGAACAGUUUCAGCACACAGUGACAAAAGGUGAUCAUUCACCUGCACCAGCACCAGCUCUCUCAGUAAUUAGCAUCUCUAGCCAAUAAUGUGAAAGGAGUGUUGUUGCCAUGGAGACGAGCAAGCAAGGCUUUGUUGAAGCUACAGCUCCCUACAGCGUGGUGUCAGCACAGAGGGAGGACGAGGCGCACGGCGUUCAGACUUCCCUCCCGACGGUGUAUAUCCACACGCUGGGGGGGCUGCCGCUGUACGCACAGCCGAAGCCCCCCGGCGCUCAGGACACGCUGGCUUUUCCUCUGUCGGUCCCCCAGCCGAGCUCCAAACAAGCCCUCUCCCUUCUGACGCUCCACGUCGCUGGCGGGGUGCACCUUCAACAGUCUGGUCAGAAGCCGGGGGUCCCUGCUCUAGCAGUCAGGCCCAAGUCGGCAGGGAAGCACAUGUGCUCCUACUGCGGGCGCGACUGCCUGAAGCCCAGCGUCCUGGAGAAGCACCUGCGCUGCCACACCGGCGAGCGGCCGUACCCCUGCACUACCUGCGGCGUGGCCUUCAAGACGCAGAGCAACCUCUACAAGCACAAGCGCACGCAGGCGCACGCUCGACUCUCCUCCGACUCCUCAGAGAGGGACAGCCUCACCAGCCAAGAGAGCGUGCAGAGCUCCAGAGAUGUCUGCUGGGGCAUGUCCUCGCCCCAAGGGCAGUUUGAGGGCUCCAGUAGCCUUGAGAAGGAUGUCAGUGUCCCUGGGACUAACUCCAGCUCCACAAUCAGCACGGUCCAGGUCUCUUCUGGGCAGACUGGACAAGACACUGGAUGGGGUCUCCAGAAUGCUGCUGCUGUGGGGCUCAUUCUCGCCCCUGCGAAUGGAAACCAGGAACCACAUAAUUCUGCGGUCCAAAGUACCGGGCACUGUGUACCUAAUGCGACACAGCAAAAACAUGAACAAGGCGAACACCCAGCGCCUCCUGUACCAGCCCGUCAUCUUUCUCUUCAAAGACAGGAGGCUACGUUUUUCUCCAAGCAGUGGGACUCUCGUUCGUCUGGAGGAAAGUCUCAAAACCAUGACAGCACCGACUCUGGCUUCUCCGAGAGCAGUGAGCAGCACUGGAGCCCCAGUCCCAGCGGCACUCUGCACGACCACAGCAUGGAGUCCUUAGCUGAAUCCGGCACCGAAGAGCAAGAAGAACCCAGAGUUCCACAGAGCAACACAAACUCUGGGGCCACCACCGGCAAGGGCGCCAAGAACAGGGUUUCCCUACUGGAGAAAAGGAAACUAGAGGAGCGUAUCUGCAAGCUUAUAUCAGAAAAUGAUGCGCUUGUAGAUAAUAAGCAAUUAGAGAAUGUAAGACCUCGGAAGACGAUGCCAUCAAAACAAGGCAGCAUUGACCUUCCCAUGCCGUACACAUACAAAGACUCAUUCCAUUUUGAAAUGAAGAGCAGUAGGCACAGUAUCCCAAACACAGACUGGCAGAACUCAGAGAAGCAAGUGAAGCAGGCUUUGUACAGCUCAGUCCCUACCCAACGAUCCCUGAGCUUGGAGCAUGCACCUCUGGUGAGGAGCAGCUCUCUUCCCUUUAACGUAGGUAGCUCAGGCUUUGAGAGAGCCAGUACACAUGGUUCUUACCAAGCAGAGAGUACUCAGCAGAGUGGGCGAGACAGAAUGGGCCAUGUGUAUCCAGGGGACUUGCUUAUGAGGUCCAUGGACCAGCCAACCCCACACCACAGAUCUUUGGUCAGGCAGAAGGCUGUGGAUGGCUUACCAGCAGCUGACUUCCCUAAUUUGCCAUCUACUGAGGAGCACUUCUCCAGUGGUCCUAGUGGAGAAGGGAGUUCUGUUGAGCCAACAGGUGAGGCAAGUGGUGGAAAAUACAGGCGAAAAAAGCUGCCAAAGUUUUCCUACAACAAAUGGUACAUGUAUGGAGAUGGCACCUUCAGGAAGCUUUGCAAUAUGGAAAAAGGCUCAGAUAGAAAUGCCUUUAGAGCAAAGAAGUCUGGGAAUAGCAUGGAACAGGACAAAGGACAGGAGAUCCAGAGUAAGCACACAGGCUCUUUUAGAGAAACUCAAAGCUCAAGGAUAUCUGCCCCGGAUCUCAAAUCGGAUGCCGGCAACAUAGAUUCUGCAUGCAACCCAUCUCAAGUUCCUCCUCAUCUGCCCCCUAGUGGCUGUGUUACCUUAGACCAAGGACCUAGCAAUCCUGAUGCAUCAAACGCAUUUCUCCAAAAGCGAAUUCUGAGGAAUCCCACGGUCUCAACACAGCAGAGUAUAACCAAGCAGAGCAAUAUUCAGACCUUAAGCAACAAAAAUGACAGAGGGGUGAAAGAGCUUGAUUUGGAAGAAGAGAAUUCAGAAACUCCCUCUUCAUCCUUCCAAGGUGAAAGUCAUCUUCCCUCAGAAAGGAAGAAACAGAGGACAGAUGAGAACAUAUGUGUGCCGGCUGAGAAAACAGAUGUAGUUACCACUUCACCCUGUGUCGAAAGUAAAGUGGAAGAUGAUCGUGUCCUCAGGCAAAAUCAAUGGCUCCCAUUUAUCAGUGACCACACUACUGAGAAGUAUACCAACAUCACAGAACAGAAAAAUACUGUGACGUUAAAGGGUAAAAUUAUGGAUUUCAAAACCUCCCCUAUUAACCACCAGCUGAAUCAGAAAAAUAUUCAGCUCCAAGGAUACAAGUCUUCACCAUCCCAAGAGAAUGUUUGUAGAUUAUCUACCCUGACAAAAUCCAGCUUCCUACCAAAAUACCAGCUAAAACUGCCGCAGUCAAGUGACUUAAUGACAUCAGCCUCUUGUCUCACAGGUAUGGAGCAAAGUUUACCUUUGACACAGAACCAACAGGUAAUAGAGAAACUUUUUUCCUCAAACACCCCAAUGACAGGACAGGGACAAACGUUUGCACCAAUUUUAGCUUCAAUAGAGACGCAUAUAGACAAGCCCUCAGGGACUGCUGUAAACAGGCAGUCACCUCCCACUCCAGCAAGUUCAACAUCCUCAGUCAUAGGAAACGAUCAUGUUACUGCAGUCACUUCUAUCUCUGCUCAUUCCAACGCCAGUUACUUAAGUCCCUCCUCUCAGAUCACGCAAUAUAAGGGAAAACUGACUUUAUUAAAUAGUGCGAAACCUGAUGCUGCGGAAGGCAAAGUUCACGACAGAGAACAGGCCGGGGACAUACAUAUAUUUCUCGAAAUUGUUUCUGGAGAACAAUUGUCAGUCACGGAAACUCAGCGAGAGUCUAAACAGGAAGCUGUGUAUAGAAAGGAUAUUUUGCAAGAUAUGAAGUCUGCUAGUACGUCUACAGGCAUUCAAAUGCUUUGUGCAACACAAAAGCCACAGGAAAGAAUGGCUGCUGAAGUACAACCUCCUGUCUCUACUGCAGAGAAAACUACUAAAGAAAUAGCACCAAGUGGUGAAGCACCCAGUAUACCAUCGCACUGCACCUCUUCUGACUGGGGGAGCGUGUUUCAUACAAAGCAACACAGAUAUACUGAUGAGCCUUCACAGAGAAGCUCUGUGCAUUCAAGCCUCAGUGUCAUACCUAUACGGUCUUGCACAAAUCACUUCGCUCACAGAGACAAUUCCAGCUUGAACCUGGAUGAAACCAGCACUGCAAACCAAGAGGCCUCAAUGCAGAGACACGGAGAAUGCGUUGGCUGCAGAGACGCUCAGUCACUGAAUCCUCACAUUUGUCCAUUUCAAGAAGGUGUAGGGCAGAUAUCCAGUGUUUCCUUGGAGACAUGUGCUGCAGACAAGCCGUCAGAGGGUGUGAUUGAAACCGCAGAAACAGCUGAACAGCUGCCUCUCUAUCGGCAGGAUGCUCCAUCUCUACCAGCUCCAGUAUCUGUUCCAGCAGACUGGAAGGUCGGACCGUAUUCGCCCCGUAGUCACAAAUCAUUCAGUGUGACAGCUCUGCAGCAGGCACAUGUAAAAGCCCCACAAAAGCUUUUUACAAGCGAUGAAGCUACUGAAUCAUCUGGAGGAUCCAGUGCUGGUCCAUCUCCAGUACAGCAGCAGUACCAGUUCAAAGAGACGGCUUCAGCACUGCAGAACACAUUACAUGCUACCAACGCACCUUUACAGUUGAUCGACACCAAAAAACCAUCUCCCUCCCAGUGCCAGGAGCAGAAAAUGUUUACCUGUGAACUCCAACAUCCACUUUCACCACCACACGCCUCACCUGGUACAAUUCUUCCAUUAGACCAAACAACAUGGAGCCAGUCUCCUGACGAACCGCUAACGAGCCAAGAAGGUCUCGAUCUGGCCAAGAAAAGAGGUCCUAGAGAUGGACAGCAAACUCUGAAGAUCCCCACAGACUCACCCAUCAGCAGCUCUGAUGGUAAAGCUCUGGUUCGAGUUACGACUGAGACUUAUCAUUGUAAUGCCCGGUCGUUACAAUAUAAGGAGAAAGAAAUAUUUUUGUUAGGUCCUAAUUCCGCUGAUCCAAAAGUUACCAAAUAUGGAGAAAAGCCACAGCUUAAUUUAAGCCCAAAUGAGAACCUAAAGGUGUCACAGCAUGAUGUUGCAGAAACAGGGUCAUCGGUCCUUGCUCCUCUAAGUGUUUCAGCAGCACAGAGGGAUAAAAAAGACCAAGACAGCCAAAAUGCUUUUUCACACUGUACUUUGACUGGGAUGUUUUCUCAGGCUUCUUCCAAAACCCUGCCAACAUUCCACCGACAAUUGAUGGACUCAGGAACAUCCCACGUCCAACAGAAACUUACCCCAGCAGCUAACAUGCAAGCGUCUCCCCCUGCGACAACAGAAACUGUCUCAAGGAGUUUGUUGGUCCAUGUCGUCGCCCAGAACAAUAAACUCACUGAAGGAUUACCAUUUCAUGUCGGAAAUUUAAAUAGUGCCUGUGAAAAUGAAGGAACUACUCUCAUUCGAACGCAUCCAGGACAUUUGGCACAAGCACGCAUGUCAGAGGACACCAGCAGAGUCGGUUCUGGGCAGCACAGAGAAGCUUCACCAGUUUCUCUCUCACAUACCUGCACAGAUAAAAACAAACUCCAUCGUAAUUCGGUAACCAGUGCCGGCACCACUACUGGGCCAUCGUGGGCAGACAAGCCCCAGCCAAUGGCAAUUGCUCUCGUGACUUCAGAUGCACACUGUCAGACAAACCCUGAGCCUUCAGACUCAAAGCUAUCCCAUUCUGUAGGUAAUAGCCUUUGCACAGAAAGCAUGGUGACGAUCUCCAGCAGUAUCUCUCAGGACCGCUCUGCAUUGCAAGACACGGCACACCACAGCCUGGGGGCCGAACGGGAAGAAGCAGCAGCAGCAGUGGGGGCCUGCUGCACCUCCGACGCUUCCCCUACGCUAGAAAACCAGCCUGCCGAUAAAAUUGUCUACGGACAUGUGGACAUGUGCAUCACCAGCCAUGAUCCAGCUGCAGCAGGUCACGCGCAUGGAGGACACCUCAGCGCUGUGGACCCGCGGGCGAAGCACGCGGCCCGGGGUAGCGGGGAGGCGAGGGAGCAGCAGAGGCAGCUGGAGGGAGGAGAGGAGAGCGAGACGAAAGGCGGAGGGAGGGGACUGCAAGAUGGGGGCAACCUAGACGCCUCACCCACACCAGAGCUGAAGCAAGGAGCCUCGACAGAAGGGCUGGGUGUUGAGAGAGACACAGGUGCUAAUGAAACCAGCUGGUGCGGAAGCCUCUCCCUUCAGCCUGGGGUCACCGCCCGUCAGACACCCACCCCGGAUACGGCAGUCCUGAUUGGCCAGCAUCAGCCUGGGGUCACCGCCCGUCAGACACCCACCCCGGAUACGGCAGUCCUGAUUGGCCAGCAUCAGCCUGGGGUCACCGCCCGUCAGACACCCACCCCGGAUACGGCAGUCCUGAUAGGCCAGCUUCAACUCGGUUUAUUUCCAACCUCAGUAAAAAAUGGCACGACCCAGUCCGCUGACCAAGCAGAGGCCCACAAUUACAAGAAACUGAACAAGCCGGUGAAACUGAAGCGGGUCCUGCAGACCCCAACCGAUCCUCCAGCCGAAGUUUCUCGUCCCUCUUCCUGUAGCUCGAUGCGGAGCCUCCAUCCAGUGAGUCCUGCCCAGCUGUUGGGUGAGCAGGAGAUCCAAGCGGGCAGCACUGGGCACAGAACCAGCACCUCACACUCCCUUAACAAGAGGAGCCUCCAAUCUCCAGAGGAGGGGCUUCAACUGGAGGAGCUGAGAACAUCAGCACAAGACAAGCCUGGGGAUCUGAGCCAGAGAUGCCUGCAGGGUCCGGGUCAGACCCCUGCGCAGCCCAAACUCGCCGACUCAGCACCCAGCCAGCCGGGACCCAGACGGUCCCCGCUGAUCCGCUCACAAACCAGCCCAGCAUUCUGCCUCACGCCUCCCUGUGGCAGAGCGAAAGGCCUGGGCAGGACAGAGGAGCCUCCUGGCAAGGCGGCAGCGAGUGUCCGCGAGGAAGGGCCCGACUCCAGCAGCAGCGACGAUGAAGGCAAGCUGGUCAUUGAGCUGGAGUAA